AAGACUAACAUUGACGCACAACGGCUGCCGAGCGGAAAACCAACGUUUCAUACACGAACUAGCAAAAGGAUGCACAUGGACCUACUCCGCGGGCAGGAAUCUAUAAUCAUACAACGUUCUGGGUGGAUGGAGAUAACCGUUCAUCAUCAUACUCUCAUAUGCAAUUUAAAUUUGCUAUCGGUGGCAUAAUAUGCUGCAGCCGGCCCGGUGGUUCCCACGUGUGUCCACAUACAUUUGUGUUGAGGUCCUCCGGAGGUGAGCCUGGUUGCAGUGACAUGGUAAUAUGUUUUGAAUCGUUCUGGAAAGCUGUGGACCAGAAGAGAUACAGGUUGCCAAUGACUGGUGAAGACACUGGUUUGGGGGCUUUGGCCUCGCCACUGGUGGGGUAUUUGGGAAAAGUUCAGGAAAGAGCUGCCUCACUGGAGCAGUGUCCCUGGUGUACUUCGAAGGGCUUGACCUAUGCUUUGCGAUCUUACCGCAUCAACCUCCAGGAGUCCAUCACCCUCUGCACAAACCCACAGUGCCUUUUCCCCCUGGUCAGCCGGUCCUUGGAGGAUGUUUUGGCCGGCUUGGAUCCCGUGGGGCCCACGGUUGGGAACAAAAGAAAGAAUUGCUCAGCACUGGAAACGGAAGAGUUGAUCAGACCCGCACACAAACGCCUGCGAUCAAGUAACUGUCUCGGACCGCCGAGUAUUCCAGACACACUAAGCAGCCCAGCAAAGCACGGCGCUGUAAGCGGUGUCUUUAAUGGCCAUCAUACAGCGGCAAAGGCAGAAGACAGUGAGGCGAAUGGAUAUGCAAACUCUUCAAGUGCAGAGACCGCCGGCAGAGAGUCGGUACAAUACGAGGACGAUGUUCUGGUCAAGGAACCGGCGAUCGCUGCGUCUGUGGAUGGAUUAGCUGCCCGUACAUGCUGGACUCCUUCUGCCCGCCGGCAGUGCUCACCUGAAGCCUUGUUGAUCAACGAUGGGGAUGAGCCUGCGUGCUCUCCUCUGCGUGCGGCUCCCGGUGCCUCGGAGGCCGUAGCGAGUCCUCGCAGCCCGGACUCCAAUCCGCCCCUUAUCACAAGCGACCACGAUUAUACUGCUGAAAUUAUGCUUUUGCACAACGAGCGGAUUGCAGGGACACAAAGGAAAUCACUGACUGCAGACGUCCCCGAAUGUGAAGACAGCGGAGGCAUUCAAAUGGAGAGUUUGUCCUCCGCGUCGUCGACGAAGUCAGAGGAGCUGGUGUCCGUUGCAACUCAGCCCUUUUGGAGUAACAGCGACAACCUGUGUUGGCUGGACUCGCUGCUGGUCGCUUUGGUAAACUGUAGGAGCUUGGGAAAGUGUAAACCUAAAGACGAGGCCGAGCAGUCAUCCGUCUGGCAGCUGAUGAGAGGAUACGAAGACAUCUGUGCUUCCAUCCGAACGCAUCAACAGACCGGCGGGGAUGGUGCCGCCAGCGUGCCAAAUCAUGUGCUGGACAAGGCGGAUGCAGACCUACAGUGUCUCAGGAUGUCCAUCUUCAAACUGCUGCAGCCCAAGCUGCAUUGCAAACUGGGUCAGAGGGAAACUCCUGUGUUCGCCAUGCCGCUGCUGCUGGCGCUGGACCCGUGGGCCGAGCCUCUCUUCCAGUCCACCUUUCGCUGGGUGUUCAGGUGCAGUGAAUGCAAAGCUAUGUCGGCAGAAAGGGUUUUGAAAACUCUCCCCACCUUCACAAACGUUUUGCCUGAUUGGUGCCCACUCAAUGCCGUCCACAUGGCCCCGUGCAACGUGUGCUGCCGGAAGAAUCAGAGGAGGACCAUGGUGCUGGAGAGCGUGCCGCCGGUGUUUGCGCUGCACUUUGUUGAGGGGCUUCCUGACAACGAUGUCGGCGCGUACGCCUUCACCUUCAAGGAGAGUCGCUACUCGGUCACCACGGUCAUUCAGUACGACCGUCAACUUAAGCACUUUGUCACCUGGACUCGUAACUCUGAUGGAUCGUGGCUUGAAUACGACGACUUGAAACAUCCAGUGUGUCGAAGCCAUCAAAAGCUCCCGGUUCCUGCUCAGGAGAUGCAUGUUCUCUUCUGGGAGGUUAGGGAGGAUAAAGAGCCUCGUGCGUGUUCUUCCUCCACCACAUUUGCUGAAUCUCCCCCCUUUAAGAAGGAGGUGAGCCCCAGUCAAGGGGAAAAAGACUUACCAGCGGACAGACUGUCUUCUUGCACUGCCCAUCGGUUUCUGCUGGGCUCCCCCGACGUUGCCUGUGCCCUCUCUUUAUCUGAUGACGUCAUGGACGCCCCGGCGGAAGCCAUUGGCGACACGUCCAUAGGUUCCACGACGCUGCUCAGUACCUUCGAGGGCCUCUCCCACGACGACAUCAUCACGCUCACGCUGGUGGAAUUAAAUGAGGAGGAAGAAACGCAGAAUCUGAGCGGUCCCAGCAGGAACGAAAUGCUUGACCCUGCCCCGGAUAGCUCAUGCUCUCUCACAGCUGCCGAAAUUUCCCACGGACCUGGCGCAGAGCUCCCCCAACCCACUGAAUCGGAUUCCGCAGGAAGCUCAUCCAGCGAUCCUUUGUUUGUGCCCGAUGGAAGGAAAAAGCGAGGCACAAGACGAGGCAAACCAUCCACCCGAUCCGCGGCGGCACCAAAGGCCAAGGCGGCACCGAAGGCCAAGGCGGCACCGAAGGCCAAGGCGGCACCGAAGGCCAAGGCAGAACCGAAGGCAAAGGCGGCACCAAAGGUAGACAAAGCACAGGUGUCCCCCGUGUCCUCGACGGAUGCGUCCCCCCUGUCCGGCGGUCAGAGGAGUCCACCGAUGCAGUCUCAGCACGCCCGAUGGUCCUUCCUGCUCAGCAAACAACCUCUGAACCAAGUCCAAAGGGCGAUCGCCAAGCUGGCCCCGUCUCACCCGACCACGGCCGUCACGCGCGCGAAGCCCUCUCGGCCUGCUGCGCCCACUCAGUCGACGCCCCAACCUGCGAGAAAACCGCCAUCCCCGGGAGCAUUCGCCCCGAAACCACAGCUCCGGACAGAAGAGGGCGAUGGGCUCCCGCUAAAAGCUGCCGAGAUGUACGACGGCUUCCUGACAAGGAGCUCGAGCGCCCAAAGUCCAAUCCCGCCGCCCGCCAGUCCCGACGGAAAGAAGCCGUUUCAGCCAGGGACUUUUAACCCCCCGGCGGUGGCGUCUGGCGCAUCGCCUCCUCUGUCCGGAGCGUGGCGCCUUCCUGAGAUAAACGGCACAAAGACGCAAAGCAGCCGGUCCUCGAAGCCUCCCCCGGGCCUGAGCGACACGGAGGCCCUGCGGUACAAGCUCAUAAAGAAGCUGAAGGCAAAGAAGAAGAAGCUCGCCAAGCUGAACGAGAUGUUGGGUCAUAACGGCGCGGCCGGCCCCCGACCCGACAGCACCGACCUGGGCUCGCCGCACACGGUCACCUCCAGCACUUACGACGGCUCCCUCUGCGACGACUUCCUGUCGGACCUGCUCUCGCCGGCGACGACCGCCAGCAACCUCUCGCCGGACAGCACCGGCUUCCUGGAGAUGCUCGCCAACGGGCAGGACGGAGCCGGGGACCGGUCCGACGCCCCGGCGCCCCGGGCCAACACGCCCGCCCCUGAGAACUUCCUGGAGGAGUUCCUGUCGCAGGCCGUGGAUCAGAGGCCCACCGAGAUGGAGACCGAGGCGCUCAACGCACUCGAGCUCUUCGUUUGAGCUCCGAGCGCUUCGACCACUUCUCGGCCUCUGGAACAUCUGGCAGGAUGGACGGUUCUAUUUGAAGUUAAAGGUUUAUGUUUCCGUUCACCUUGAAGAGUUGAUGGGGUUGAAGGCCGUGUUCCUUGGGGGAGUUGGUUGAACCAUGGAUGGUAUUUGUAUACUUUUAUAGUCUCUGGCACGUUUUACAUAGUGUGUUGCCAAGUUGUUGGAAGCAAUCAGGUUUACAGACAAAGUCUGUUUGCUUUGUUAUUUUGACAACUUGAAUAUUUUCAUGAAAAAAUAAUUUGUUAUUUAAUGAUUUUUGUGUUUGUUUUACAAAAUGUAAUUAUUGGAAAAUAAAGGAAAUCUCUUGUUGUUGUUCUAAUAAAUUAUAUUUUUCGUUACUGUAAA